ACGGCGACGAGAAAACAUUGCGAGGUACUUCGAUUUCGUUUUGCCUGUGCUGUCAUGCUUAGAUAACGUCUCGGUGCCAUGAUAACGGCCUUUAAGGAAACCAAUUCAAAUCUAUUGUGAAUGUCUAAGAUGGGUACAAAUGCGAUGGCACCUCUAAUUAGAAGAAUUAUACCGCAGCUACAUUGUUCAUGUUAUCACAGAUAUUUCUCAAGCGGGAGUCAAUGUACUGUAUACGAUUUGGUGAUCGUCGGCGGCGGCAUCGUCGGAUGCGCCACAGCCCGUGAAAUGAUCAUGAGACACCCGAACCUGAAAAUGGCAAUUGUCGAAAAAGAGAACGCUCUGGCCAAACAUCAAACGGGACACAACAGCGGUGUAGUGCACGCCGGCAUUUAUUAUACCCCUGGAAGCAUGAAGGCAAAACUUUGUGUGGAAGGUCUGAAGCUCUCGUACGAGUAUUUCUGCAAGAACAACAUACCUCACAAGAAAAUCGGUAAGCUGAUUGUCGCCCAGAACCAGGACCAAGUAAAGAGAAUAGACGACCUUUUCGAUCGAGGUACGAAGAAUAAUGUUCCGGACCUUCAGAUUGUUGAGAAAGACUGCAUAUCGAAAUAUGAACCCAAAUGUCAGGGUGAGAAAGCCUUAUGGUCACCGUGGACCGGCAUAGUAGACUGGACAAUAGUGUGCCAACACUUUGCGAACGAUUUUCAGAAGAUGGGAGGUGAGAUUUUUCUGAACUUCGAAGUGACGGGAUUCACGGAGAUGGCGGAGUCGAAAGGGCAAAGUGAACUAAGUCCUAUAUCCGUACAGUCCAAGAAUCGCUGUAUACCAGCGAAGAACGUGCUGACGUGCGCCGGUCUGCAUUCGGAUCGCUUGGCGGUGAUGACGGGCUGCGAUUUGAGUCCACGUAUAAUCCCUUUCCGCGGCGAGUACCUUCUGCUGAGCGAGAGCAAGCGGCAUCUCAGUACGACUAACGUGUACCCGGUACCCGAUCCCAGAUUUCCAUUUCUAGGUGUACACUUUACACCCAGAAUGAACGGCGAUAUCUGGCUAGGUCCCAAUGCUGUCCUGGCGUUCGCUAGAGAAGGCUACACCUGGUUCGAUGUAAAUAUAAGAGACUGCAUAGAAAUGGCGAAAUUCCCCGGCUUGUAUAAGCUGUGCUUCCGAUACUUUAUACCGGGCUGCAAAGAGGUGAUAAAAUCGAUUUUCUAUCCGCUGGCGGUAAAGGACUUGCAAAAGUUUAUUCCGGAAGUUACGUACAAGGAUGUCAAAAGAGGGCCGGCGGGUGUAAGAGCACAGGCGUUGGAUAAAGACGGUAAACUAGUCGACGAUUUCGUUUUCGAUUCCGGCACCGGUACUAUCGGAAACAGAGUGUUGCAUUGUCGAAACGCGCCUUCGCCCGCUGCAACUAGCUCUAUGGCGAUAGCGAAAUUUAUUGCCGAUAAACUUGACGCCGACUUUAAGUUCUAACGUAACGAUACAAUCGACAUCAGCAUGCAUGAUUACUUAGUCGAUCAAAUAAGAAACGAAACAGGAGAGACGGGCAUUUUUAACGAAAAAUGCUUCUAAAGAGGCUAGAUGUAUAUUUUUUUUGAGUCAAAUAAUAUUUCGUAUAAUAUUGCUAAGUAAUUUGGUCUUCCAGGAAAUAAAAUGUAUAUGCAUACAUAUA